CAGUCUGUAGACGACGACUGGUAACCGUAUAUAUAUAUAAAGCGACCAUUUGCUUCAAGGUCGAAGUCAAUUUUCCGUCGCUUAGUCCACAUUUUCAGAGCAGAAAAUCUUGAGGCGAUUCGGAAUGAUCUCCGCUCCGAUACUGUGAAUUCCGACGAGAUUAUCGUUCGGGAAUGGAGGAACCAAUCGCGGGAAUCGAAGCCCUAAGCGAGCGGACCGCGACGUUGAGAGAAUCGUUGCAGAAAGUUGAGGCCAUUACUAGUAACAUGGUGUCGAUUCUCGGCUCCUUCGACCACCGCCUCUCCGCUCUCGAGACCGCCAUGCGUCCUACACAGAUGAAAACGCGUUCAAUAAAGAAGGCGCAUGAGAAUAUAGACAAGACGAUCAAGGUUGUGGAAGUCAUUCUUGGGCAAUUCGAUCUCGCACGUCAGGCAGAGGCUAAGAUAUUGAGGGGUCCUCAUGACGAUUUGGAAAGUUACCUUGAAACAGUAGAGGAAUUAAAGAGCAUUGUCACUUUUUUAAGUGGUGGAAAAAAUUCCCUUAAGAGUAGCAUUGGGGUGAUCAGCCAAGCCAAAAACUUACUUGGAAAGGCAAUCAUCAAACUUGAAGAAGAGUUUGGACAGCUUGUCACCAGAUACAGCAAAGCUGCCGAACCUGAUCGUCUUUAUGAUUGCCUGCCAAGCUUUAUGAGGCCGUCAAUGGGAUCAUCUCAUGCUAGUGAAGCAUACACAAUAAAAAGAUCUGAUUACCACAAUAGAAGUUCUGAAACACACGUGUUUCAACUACCAGUUCUAAUUCCUCCUAGAAUUGUGCCUUUGCUGCUAAAGAUAGCUCAGCAAAUGAUUGAGGCUGGUCACCACAACCAGGUCUUUGUUUUGUACAGGGAGGCCCGAUUUUCGGCAAUGGAGCAAACUCUCACGAAGCUAGGCGUUGAAAGACUUAGUAAAGAGGAUGUGCAAAGGAUGCAAUGGGAAGUUCUAGAGCUGAAGAUUAAACUCUGGACACUUAAUAUGCGAACUUCUUUCAAGGUUCUGUUUCCUGGUGAAAAGAAAGUCUGUGAUCAGAUUUUCGAGGGUAAUGAGGAUAUUGGAGAUAAGUGUUUUGCUGAAGUCACAGCCAAUGGUGUAGCUAUGCUCUUCAGUUUAGGAGAAGCUGUUUCUAGGAGCAAAAGAUUACCUGAGAAGCUGUUUGUUCUUUUGGACAUGUAUGACAUAAUGCGAGAGAUCCGACCUGAGAUGGUUUCUUUAUUUGGAAGCAAUUUAUGUCAGGAAGUGCGGGACUCUGCAGCAGCACUCACAAAACGACUUGCUCAGACUGGUCGAGAAAUGUUUGUAGACUUUCGCGAGAUAAUUGAGAAAGAUACCUCAAAAACUUCUGCCCUUGAUGGAACCACCCACCCUUUAACCACCUAUGUCAUCAACUAUGUGAACUUUCUCGUUGAGUAUCGCCUGACUCUACUGAAACUGUUUAAAGAGUUGCACGAUAAUAAUGCCGAGGAGCAGCUGACAAACAUAACGACAAGGAUCAUUCAGGCUCUGCAGACUAAUCUUGAAGGGAAAGCAAAGCAGUAUAAAGAUCCUGCUUUCUCCCACAUAUUUCUAAUGAAUAAUAUGCAUCAGCUUGUUAGAACCGUGCGCAGGUCAGAUGCAAAAGAUUUAUUAGGCAACGAUUGGGUGCAAAUACAUCGGCGAGUUGUCCAGCAGCAUGCUAAUCAGUACAGGAGAGUUGCUUGGGCUAAGAUUCUGCAAUGCCUCACCAUUCAGGGCAUCCAAUCGAGCGGAGAUAUCAGCAACGUCUCGAAAUCAAUGGUGAAAGACAGGUUCAAAACCUUCAACAUUCUCUUCGAGGAGAUGCACCUGAGGCAAUCACAGUGGGUAGUUGGCGAUUCCGAGCUGCGCGAAUCUCUGAGGCUCGCAGUCGCCGAGAUCCUACUGCCUGCAUACAGAUCUUUCCUCAGACGUUUCGGGCCUAUGAUCCAGAGUGGCAAAAGUCCGCAAAAGUACAUCAAAUAUACUCCGGAAGAUCUCGAAAGAAUGUUGGGUGAGUUCUUUGAAGGAAGACCUUAGAACUUGAAAAUGCAUCACUGCAGAUAUUAACUCUAAUAUGUGUAGCUUUGUUUCAAUAUCUGUAAAAUUAAUAAUCAUUUUUUUACCUAACAUCAUGAUGAAGGUUUUUCCUU